AUUUAGUUUAUUUAUUUUUAGCUUUUUGUUUGUUUGUUUUAAAAAACGACAUCAAACCUGUAUUAGCCAGUGAAAUAAAUGAAAUGGAAUAAUGAAAAUGCGCGGACUGAACUGUUCUGUUUGACAAUCAAAUUGUGAUUUUAAAUAAAUACAAUAAAUCAGAAUUUAGGCAGAUGACUGCAGAGAGUCUUGACACAAUUGUUAUAUGGAAUAUUAGAUAGUCUGGAAAACAUGAAAAAUAAUUCCAGAGACAUAAAAAAAAAUCAAAAGAUGUUUGUGAUGUAUUCAUAAAACAAAAUAUGUAUCAUAUUGUGAGACGGUGUUUAUCUGUUAUGACGGGUACCUGUGUAAUGCUGCUCUGCCUCCGCUCGAUGUCAGUAGAAUGAAUGGUGAGUGAGCGCUCGAGCUCUCAGCCUGUGGUGAUGAUGAGAUCACAGACGGAGCGAUCGCUCGCUCAGAUGCGGAGCAGCGGGCUUCGGAAUUAUGCACAAAUAAACAGCAGUGGAAACUGCAUUACACACUGAAAGGUGUGGCCAACCAGUGAACACAUAUAAAAGCCCAAAGGCCUCUCUAUGGUUCCUAGUCACUCUCUGAUCAUGGGGAACGGUUCGAUCAAAGCCCCUCGGCUAGAGGAGACCUGCCUGGCCUCCGGUAUAAAAGAGGCCCCUGUAUGGGAGUCUGUGGAGCCCCUGAAGAUGAGGAUCGCCCAUCUGGAGGAGGAGCUGGCACGGAGGGACCAGGAGCUCUGUGCACAGGAAAAGCGCUUACAGAGCCUUCAAAGGGAACUAGAGACAAAAGUGUCCCAGAUCGAUAAGCUCCAGGAUGCCAUCGGGUAUAACAGUCUCAGACGCUCGCCGCCAGCACCACUGAGGCACAGCCGCAGACUGCUGAGCGUCAUCAACCAGGGCUCCACGCGCUUCCACAGAGUGGCUGUGGAGGUGCAUCGACGCCUUAAGGCCAAGGAGGGUGUUUCAGCAGAACCCACAUCAAGGCACUUCUGUCGUGACCACCAUCACAUCUCCACAGAGAGACAACGCAUCCGCAAAGACUCCGGCACUAAGAAACUGAUCAAUGAAGCCAUCAUGAACAAUGACUUUCUGAAGAAGCUGGAGCCUCAGCACACCCGAGAGAUGGUGGACUGCAUGUACGAGAAAAUCUACGCUGCUGAGCAGCUGGUUAUUCAGGAGGGAGAGCCGGGGAACUACCUCUACGUGCUUGCUGAGGGUUUAUUAGAGGUCAUCCAAAAUGGAAAGCUCCUGGGUCAGAUGCGUCCUGGGACUGCUUUUGGAGAGUUGGCCAUUCUCUAUAACUGUAAAAGAACAGCCACAGUCAAAGCUGUGACUCAGUCCCACAUCUGGGCUCUGGACCGGCAAACGUUUCAGACUAUCAUGAUGAGAUCCACUCAGGCCAGACAUGAGGAGUACUUCAGCUUCCUGCGCAGUGUGUCCUUAUUGAAAGAUUUGCCAGAGGAGAAACUUGCCAAAAUCAUUGACUGUCUUGAAGUUGAAUAUUUUGACAAAGGGGAGUACAUUAUUCGUGAGGGCGAGGAAGGCAACACUUUCUUCAUCAUAGCUAAAGGAGAGGUGUGUAUUACUGGGUACAACAGGUUUGUGAUUCUUGGUGUGGGUGAUUACUUUGGGGAAAAGGCUCUCAUAAGUGAGGAUGUCCGCUCAGCUAAUAUCAUUGCAAAGGAAAAUGACACACAGUGCUUGGUGGUGGAUAGAGAUAACUUUAAUCAGAUGGUGGGAACGUACGAGGAGCUGCAGGCAUAUCUGAGGGAGUAUGUGGAGCAGCUCUCUCUGAGUGACGAGAGGAGGAACGCAGUACCUCAGUCGCCUCUUUACGAACGCUCUCCAGAGGCAGCAGAGCUCAGGAGGCUGAAGGAGAAGGCAGCUGGUUUGUCCAGUAACUCCUUCCUGAAAGAACUGCAAGCAGUGGCCACACUAGGCAUGGGAGGCUUUGGACGAGUGGAGCUGGUCAAGCUUAAAAAUUCAGAAGAUACAGCGUUUGCUUUAAAGUGUAUUAAGAAAAAGCACAUUGUGGACACCAGGCAGCAGGAGCACAUCUAUUCAGAAAAGGACAUCCUCCAACAGACCAAUUCAAACUUUAUUGUCAGGUUGUUCCGCACAUUCCGGGAUGAUAAGUAUGUUUACAUGCUGCUUGAGGUUUGCCUCGGAGGAGAGCUGUGGAGCGUGUUGAGGGACAUGAGUUGUUUUGAUGAGCCCACUGCCUGCUUCUGUACUGGAUGUGUGCUGGAAGCUUUUGAUUACCUGCACGGCAAAGGCAUCGUGUACCGAGACCUGAAGCCAGAGAAUCUUCUUCUGGAUGGGGAAGGCUAUGUCAAAAUGACUGAUUUUGGGUUUGCCAAAAAAAUCGGACUAGGUAAAAAGACUUGGACGUUCUGUGGCACUCCUGAAUAUGUGGCUCCUGAGGUCAUCAUGAAUAAGGGUCAUGACUUUGGAGCUGACUGCUGGCAUCUUAUCUUUGAGCUCCUGACUGGCAGCCCUCCAUUCACAGGCUCUGAUCCAAUCAGGAUCUACACCAUGGUUCUUCGCGGGAUAGAGAAGGUGGACUUUCCCAAGAGGAUCAGCAAGCGUCCAGAGGAUCUCAUACGGAGACUUUGCAAGCUCAAUCCAGCAGAACGGCUUGGGAAUAAAAAGAAUGGCAUCAUUGACAUCAAGAAACACAAAUGGUUUCAAGGCUUUAACUGGGAAGGACUGAGACGGCGGAAGCUGAUGUCUCCUCUGAAGAGAGAGCUCAAAGGACCUCUGGAUCACAGUCAUUUCGACAUGUUUCCCCCUGAGCUUGAAGAACCCCCAGAUGAAUUCUCUGGCUGGGAUAAAGAUUUCUGAAAAUGAGCUGUUUCCAAGAAGAAGCUGUUUUCUCAAAGAAGACCUGAUAUAAAGUGAUGGAGGACAGUGUCUGGAGGACAAGUCUCAGUAUUACCUCAGUGUGCUUUCUGAAGCAUUGUGCAACUGACUGACUUGUUCAGAUGGACAGGAAUCAGGUUUAAAAGCCACGGUUUUAAGUUAAAGAAGACAAAGUGAAAGGUUAUUUCAGUGAUACAGUAUUUCUUUAUAAGUGGAUCAAUAAAUCACUGAUGCCUUAAAUCUGUCUAUUAAACCUUAACUAUGUCUAAGUCUCUGACAUAUCAAAUUCAUCUUGUACUCAUUCAGGUGUUCCAGCUCACACUUUUUUAAAGCUGCAUUUAUACUCACUCAAGUAUUUCUGAGUGUUUUGUCUUUGGUUAUGCUAUAUAUUCAGCCUGAGUUGUCUUUUCUGUCUUUUUCAUCUUGGUCAUUUGGUUAAGAGUUGGACAUUGCUUAAAAUAUGAUUUCAAGAGAGAGAGAGUGAAAUUGCCACAAUCAUGAAGACCAUUUAUUUAGCUAAAGUUGCUAAUGUUCUUAAUCUCUGUUUUUGCUGGUGUCGAGCACAGCCACAAUAACAAUAUGGAGAAAAAUAAAUCAG